AUGUUCCGGUCCCAGUUAUACAAGCAGUCAGCUAGGAUUUCCUUCCGUCGUCCAUUCCAUGGAUCUAUGGCUCCUAGGGCUAUCACUCCGUUCCAUAUGCCAGCAAUGUCGCCUACUAUGGAAAAGGGUGGUAUUGUAUCAUGGAAGUUCAAGGUUGGCGAGCCGUUCCAGGCGGGCGACGUCAUCCUGGAGGUCGAAACUGACAAGGCGCAGAUCGAUGUGGAGGCGCAAGACGAUGGUAAACUAGCUGCUAUAGUGAAGGGCGACGGCUCCAAAGAUGUAGAUGUGGGUGAAACUGUGGCGUUUCUUGCGGAAGUGGAGGAUGAUUUGUCUGCGCUGGAGAUUCCCAAGGUGGUUACCAGCGAAGCGCCCAAGGAGGCAGAAGCCAAGCCCUCUCCGAAGGUGAGUGAGCAGGCGCCGGCUCCAGCCCGCAAGACUCCUUCCAAGACGGUUUCCAAUGGGAUUUUGCAGCAAGCAGACAAGAACCAGACGUUACUUCCAUCGGUCAUAACGUUGCUACACGCCAAUGGGGUCACCGUCGAGGAAGCGUUUGCCAACAUCAAGGCGUCCGGUCCAAACGGCCGGAUACUGAAGGGUGAUGUGCUGGGUUACUUGGGGAAGAUUUCCGCAGACAGCGUUGUGAAGGUUUCCGAAUAUAUCAAGAAGUUUGAACACCUAGAUUUGAGCAACAUUGAGCUAAGGCCUGCGCAGCCACCAAAGGGCGCGGCGGACAAAAAGGCCGAGCCAAAACCUGCGCCACCUGCCUACAGAACGUUACAUGAGCGCCUCAUUUUGAAGGUACCUGAGCAUGUGUCUUUUGAGCGCUUUUCCAACGCCCUGAAACAGUACAUUCGGGAGGCUACAUAUACUGCUCAUGGCGAGGCCUUGGACAAUCCUUAUUCCGACCACUUUGAUCCAUUAUUUGAGGAGUUGUUGUCUGUCCAGCCAAGGGAACCGCGCUUUGAGGUGUCCUACGACGUGCUUCCUUUGACUGUAGUCCCAUCCUCUUCUAAGCCAAAAGAGGACAUCUUUGACAUUCUAUCUGGAAACAGUGUUGAAUCCAAGCCUGCGCCAAGCUCUAGCGAGCCAUCAGCCCACGAAUAUGCUCUCGACUUGUACCUAAAGGUUGAGAAUAAAUUCAGCGACUCGGAGACUAGGGCAGCUAGGUUUAUCGAUUAUAUCAAGGAGUUGGAUCUGUCCAGUCACUAA